AUGCAUCAUGAAUCUGAAGGAACUGGAUUACAUCACCUAGAAUUUUUGGAUUUGUCUUACAACCUAAAUAUCCCUGAAUCUUUACUAGGCAUGUACAGUCUUAAAACUUUAAACAUAUCUCACAUAAAAUACUCCUCCGACUUAAAAGUGAAUUUUAAUUUUCUUAUGUCACAUCUACUGUGUCUGGAAGAACUUCAGAUGUCAAACUUAAAUUUUGACCAAAUUCACAGUAAUUACAAAUUUCCAAAGAGCCUGAAAAAAAUUGAUUUGAGCUACAAUCAGAUUAGAUCAUUUCAUUCGUCAGUUUUAAGUCAUCUCAAUUUGACUUACUUAAAUUUGUCAUAUAAUCAUCUGACGGGCAUCACACGUGAAAUGGCAAAUGAGUUGCAAAGGUUAAAGUCACGCAACCCUGCGUUUUUGGUAGAUUUGCAGGGUAACGUGUUUUCAUUUGUAUGCGCCAAUCUUCCAAUCCUGAAUCUGUUAGCUAAAAGUCGGGAAAUUUUCUAUAAGAGAGAAAACAUUUUCUUUGCGACAGAAACAAGUGUAAAGUUUAACUACUCUCAGAUGAUCGAGCAAUUUCCAGGGUUCUCAAAAUCGUGUCAAAUAAAAGAAAAUUUCAGCUACGUGCUGUCAGUGUUUUUCAUCCAUCUCCUGUGUUUGCUUGUUCUGGCCGUGUUUUUCCAUUACCGCUGGAGGCUGAGGUACCUCUACUUUAUUGGUCAACGGCGGCUGCACAUCGGUGGACGUUUAGUCAACUACAACCCACAGGUUGAUGUCUUCAUAACUUACGACGAGGGAGAACCGAGAUUACGGCGUAUCCUUAAAAAUACCCUUCUGCCAUUCCUGAGAGAAAAGAACAUCUCUUACAUUUUAGGAGAAGUGGACUUUCCAGGUGGGGACAUGGUGUCACACAUCAGUGGAGCUAUAACUGGCACAAGAAAAACGCUGGUCUUGUUGUCUGAAGAUCUUUUCUUGGAUCACUACCGAGAGUAUAAGAUGAACCUGGCCAUCAUGCGAGAGUUCAAUGUACGAGGUCAGGUUAUCGUUCCUGUCUUUGUUGAGAGGGUCGACUUGAACACAUACCCACCUGAAGUAGAAACUUAUUUAAGGAAUCAGCUGUACAGGUGUCUGGUGUACAGAAAUAACCAAACUUUCUGGACACUUCUGUUACAUGCCAUUAGAAAUGACAAGUAG